CAAGAGAUUGCUGGGGCAGGGAAGUAUCAGUGAAAGAGGUGUGGACACACUGGUGAAGCUGGGAAAGCUGAGUUACUCAGAUGGAUGAAAUUUAAAGUGGAGACAGUUGGGAUUGCUGCCUUUGCCCUGCCUCUCUAUUCCCAGACAGACCUGUUUUUUUUUUCAUCUCUCAGUUUUCAGGAAAUGGGAAUUUGGCAAAAUCAGGCAUAUUCCAUCCAUCACAUCAGAAUAAUGUCCUACGUUUUUGUAAACGAUUCGUCUCAAACUAAUGUGCCCUUGCUACAAGCCUGUAUUGAUGGAGACUUUAACUAUUCCAAGCGGCUUUUGGAAAGUGGCUUUGACCCAAAUAUUCGUGACAGCAGGGGCAGAACAGGCCUUCACCUCGCAGCAGCCAGAGGGAACGUAGACAUCUGCCAGCUGUUGCAUAAAUUCGGUGCUGAUCUUCUGGCCACAGAUUAUCAAGGAAACACAGCUCUUCAUCUCUGUGGCCAUGUGGACACUAUUCAAUUCUUAGUUUCCAAUGGGCUCAAAAUUGAUAUUUGCAAUCAUCAAGGUGCUACACCCUUAGUUCUGGCAAAGCGCAGAGGAGUGAAUAAAGAUGUCAUCCGAUUGCUGGAAUCUUUGGAAGAACAAGAGGUGAAAGGAUUUAACAGAGGAACUCACUCAAAACUGGAGACCAUGCAGACAGCUGAGAGUGAAAGUGCCAUGGAAAGCCAUUCUCUCCUCAACCCCAACCUGCAGCAAGGGGAAGGAGUCCUGUCCAGCUUCCGAACCACAUGGCAGGAGUUUGUCGAGGAUCUGGGCUUCUGGAGGGUGUUGCUCUUGAUCUUUGUCAUUGCUUUGCUGUCUCUUGGCAUUGCCUACUAUGUGAGCGGGGUGCUCCCCUUCGUGGAGAACCAACCUGAACUGGUGCAUUAAAGGGGCUAAUGGGGAUGAGGCCAGUGCCUCAACGUUCUGAGUUUCUCAAAAGUUUUCUCUUAGGCAAGGCAGUGAGGCUGUACAUUUUUUUCGUUGUGCAUUUUUAGGUGUUGUAAUCCUUUUUGAAUAACGUAACGUUUUCAUUUGAACUAACCACAUACCGUAGUCAAGUAUACUUCAUCCUAAAGCUACCUCUGACUCAGCCUGACUUGUUAGGAAAGCCUUCACAUAGCCUUGUUUGAUAAAAACGUGGAGGUGAUUGAAGAAUGAAAGACAAAGGAAGAGACUAGGGAGUCCUUGCUACGGAAACCUUACCCUGAUUAUGGGACCAACUCAAGUGAGGUGUUCAAAAAAAAGGGUUUUCUUAUAUGAUUACUUUUUGUUAGUUGGUUGGUUUUGGUUUUAUUUUUGCAAGAGUCCCCCGCUUUUUUUUCUUUUCAUUUUCUGGGAGUAGGGGAGAGAAUGAAAGAUUCAGCUUAAAACUUGUGCUUUUUUCACAUAGCAAAUCAGUAUUGCAGGAAUCUGUUUGGUUUAUUUUAAUAUUUUCGAGUCUAGUUACAAACCAAACAGAACUUUUGAAAAUGAGCUGUAUUUUCUUCAAAAACGAUUGAUUUGAUCAUAUAUUUAUUUGUUUAUAGGGCAACUUUGGUUUUCUUUUUUGUAAACUGCUUUGCUUGUUGUUAAUGUCUGUGAAAAAGAGAACUUGAGUUCGUUUUGUCCACUUUCCAGUUUCCCCUAAUGUUUACUUCAAAGAUCUCCUGUUCAUGAAAAACAUAGUCAGAAAACUCUUUUUCUACUUAAUAGUCAGCAGGUAAAGAGGACUCUGACACAUGUCGCUGUCACUGUAAUUCUGUAGUGUUAUUAUUGUGAAAAAUUCAGCUCUACAAGCUAGCUGUGUUGUCACAGCAGUCUCAUAGUUUACAAUCAUUUCACUUUACACGCAGUCCUGUUUAGAGGCCCUGUGAGAAUUGUUGUAACAGUCCCAUCCAUGUCAGUAAUUCUCUGAUGCAGGAACGGAUGUAGCGUUUCUAAGUUGACAGUGCUGAGCACUAUGUGCUGGGUGCCAUAAACUCUUUAUGAAUGGCAAUACUGGAGAAAUUGAAAUCUGGUCCCCAAACUGUGUUGCAGCUUUCAGCAGUAUGUCUGAAGGUCUCUUUUGUUUGUUAACGAUCCUGUUCCAUAUAAAUCAUAUUCUUGAGUUUUUAAAAAGUAUAUGAAGAGUUCCUAAUUAUUCAUUGAGUAUAGUCAGAAAACUGUAGUGAAAGAACUAAUGGUUUUAUUUUUUAGAACAAAGGCAUCUAAGCUACUGCUAAUUGAAUUGUCGCUAGAAGUAGAAAUUAUAGUUUAGAAUAGGAUUGGUAUUUCUGUGAUUCUUGUUGCUUCUUGAUAUUUUCUCUUGUAUUUAUAUAUGUAGGAUUAGGCAUUUUCUCUCAUGUGGCUUUAUCCUCUCUUAAAGAGCUGUUUAAAAAUUCCUGAUUUAACGGACUGCUUCAGGAUCAGCUCACAGAGUCUUGUUUUUAGGGUAGAAACAAAAUAAAUCAUACUUGGUAAAAACAGCAAAAAAACAAAAAAACAACUGGCUUUAGAAUGGAGAACACUAGAACUCAAAAUCAAAGUAUACUCAGAGUGAAAGCUUUGGAAUUUUCUCUAUGUUUGUAAAUCUAAAUAGAUAUGCAGAAUUGGUUAAUGUGUGUGUACAGAUACUGCAUUUUUAAAAGAUUUUAAGUGCUGAUUUCUUUGUAUUUUAAUCUCUGCAUUCAGCAUUCAGUAAUACUACCAAUAAAUGCAUUUGUAGUCUCUUAAUCA